ACCUGAAUUUGACUUAACAUUCGAUCACCUGCUAAUGUGAAUGCUUCCUCCCAAUUAUUAACAUUCAAUGGCGCUGUGUCUCUCACUACAAGCCCACACAUGUUUGCCAAGUCACGAGCAUGCUCUCCAACUGGGUGCUCUUUACCUUCAGUAGAAAGUAUUGUUAUAUGGGUCAUCGACGAUGGUUAGAAGCUGAUCACAUUUAUCAUCAAGAUGCGCAAUCAUUUGAUGGAACUUGCGAAACACGUCCAGCACCUAUGAGGCUAACGGGGUCUGAGGCGUUAAGGCAAUUAGAAUGCAUAGAAGAUGAAUACAACAAUGGCAGCAUGCAACCUUGGAAAAGAAAGAGCAUCUUCUUUCAACUGCCUUAUUGGGAACAUCUUUUAUUGCGUCAUAAUAUUGAUGUGAUGCAUACAGUGAAAAACAUAUUUGAUAACACGUGUGGCACCAUCACUGGCCAGCAGGGGAAGUCUAAAGAUAAUUACAAAGCACAAUGUGAUUUAGAAGACAUGGGUAUACAGAGUGAUCUCCAUCCCAAGGUACUAUGUGAGAGGGAUCUUGACUUGCUUGAGUAUAGAAUUGCAAUUACUCUCUAUGAGAUGGAAAAGAUAUUCCCUCCAUUUUUCACCAUUAUGGUUCAUUUGGCUACUCACUUGGCAAAUGAGGCGAAACUUGGACUAUUAGAUGUUAAUCUAGAUUAAUAUGUUAUUAUUUUUGUCAAUUUUAUGCUUGGUUGGUAUUCAUAAUCAAUAAUUUGAAUAUCUUUUAGAAUAAUUUUUUUAGUUUCUUUAACCUUGAUUGUAAUUUUUUUCCUUCACUUGCUAUACAUAUGCAAUGUUGUUCAUUCAUUUGAACCCAAUUUCUCCCUUUCCCGUGGUCAUUGAUUUUGUUGGAUUGAGUUUUUCUUCUUUUUUUUUCCUUUUUUAUGAAGUUGAAAGUGAGUUUAUUCUUGAAAGAAAAAUUAGAUUUUUAU